AAAAAUAAUAUUAUUCUUCGUGUUGUUAGUCGAAAUAAUAUAUAAUAACAAUAUAAACCAAAAAAGAGAGAGAGAGAGAUAAUAGAGUGGAAGAAUAUUAAAAACAAACAAGACAAAUAAAUCAAAAACAAACAUGAAUCUCCUAAAUAUGGAUGCGGAGAACCGUGUGGUGCUCAAUGUAGGAGGCAUCCGACACGAAACAUACAAAGCGACGCUCAAGAAAAUUCCGGCAACGCGAUUAUCGCGACUCACCGAAGCACUUGGCAACUACGAUCCGAUCCUAAAUGAGUAUUUUUUCGAUCGACAUCCCGGCGUCUUUGCUCAAGUGCUUAAUUAUUAUAGAACUGGAAAAUUACACUACCCAACUGAUGUUUGUGGACCAUUAUUUGAAGAAGAACUUGCAUUUUGGGGUUUGGAUUCGAAUCAAGUUGAACCAUGUUGUUGGAUGACAUACACUCAGCAUCGAAAUACGCAGGAAACAUUAGCUGUAUUAGAUAGAUUAGAUUUAGACACUGAAAAGCCGUCGGAGGAGGAAACUGCCAAGAAAUUUGGAUUCGAAGAUGCCUAUAUCAAGGGGAAAGUUAGUUGGUGGCAACAUGUAAAACCCCAAAUUUGGUCGUUAUUUGACGAGCCAUACAGUUCAAAUGCGGCAAAGAUAAUUGGUAUUAUAUCAGUAUUUUUCAUCUGCGUCUCAAUCAUAUCAUUCUGUUUGAAGACACAUCCAGAUAUGCGGGUUCCCCUCAUAAGAAACAUAACUGUAAAAUCAGCAACUACAAAUAACACUGCAUGGGUGUUGGAUAAGACACAAACGAAUGCCCAUGUCGCCUUUUUUUACAUUGAAUGUUUUUGUAAUGCAUGGUUUACAUUUGAAAUUCUGAUACGCUUUAUAUCAUCACCAAAUAAAUUAAAAUUUAUCAUAGCUUCAGUGAACAUAAUUGAUUACAUUGCAACAAUGAGUUUCUUCAUUGACUUGAUAUUGCAAAAGUUUGCGUCGCAUCUCGAGAAUGCCGAUAUAUUGGAGUUUUUCUCCAUUAUUCGUAUCAUGCGAUUGUUUAAGCUCACACGCCAUUCGUCGGGCUUGAAAAUUCUCGUGCAAACUUUCCGUGCAUCCGCAAAGGAACUCACUCUUCUCGUCUUUUUCUUAGUCUUAGGUAUCGUUAUAUUCGCUAGUUUAGUUUAUUAUGCGGAACGCAUCCAAACGAAUCCGCAUAACGAUUUUAAUAGUAUACCAUUGGGGCUUUGGUGGGCUCUCGUAACGAUGACAACUGUCGGAUAUGGCGACAUGACGCCCAAAACGUACGUUGGAAUGUUUGUCGGAGCAUUGUGUGCAUUGGCAGGCGUAUUGACGAUCGCAUUACCCGUUCCCGUUAUCGUUAGUAACUUCACGAUGUACUAUUCGCACACGCAAGCAAGAGCAAAAUUACCGAAAAAACGACGACGUGUUCUGCCUGUCGAACAAUUGAGACCAAUUCCUCCAAGAAUUCCGGGUCAAACAGGACCAAAUGCCGGAAGCGGAAAAUUGCCAUCAUCAAAUGCACCGAGCACCGCGAGUAUGGAUAAUGCAAUCAAAAGAAUGAAUGCCAAUAAACCAUCGGGUCCCAAAAUGGAUUUUUUGUGA